AUGAUGGAGAAGUCUCGUAUUCUCGUCCUUAGUGCUUCGGGCUACAUUAAUAAAGCGGCGGUUCGGUUCUCAGCAGUACGGCAUGAGUCGCAAGGCGACAUUUUGCAGAAACAUGGCGUAAAUACAGUUUUGUUCCCAGGCCUCGACGAUGUCAAUUUCGUGCAGCGAGUUGCCGCCCAAAAUGAUAUUGUUAUCAACACUGCCAAUACUUUCCAUUCGUCGGUUGCCAAAGCCAUUAUUGAGGGGCUCGCAGCUAGAAAGGAAGAAACCGGUUAUCCAACUCAUCUAAUCCAGACUUCAGGGUCGGGUAGCUUUGCCGACAAUCAUGUCAGUCAACGAUAUAUCGAAACAAGAAUACUAUCGGAUAAAGAUGACAUAUACGAGUACGAAAAGUACCGGGAGAAAAUUGAGCCAUUUCCCCAACGAAGCACGGAUGUUACCGUUGUUGAAUACGGUCAACAACUAGGAGUACGUACCUAUAUCGUCUCGUCCCCAAUCAUAUACGGUCUGGGCUCUGGCUUUUUCAACCGACGCUCGAUGCAGAUCGAGGCCUUGAUCCGAGAUGCCCGCCAGGAUGGGUAUGUCAGUCAAGUCGGUGACGGCAAAGGAGAAUGGGAUUACGUUCAUAUCGAUGACCUUGUUGCCCUAUAUGAGCUCCUCGUCGUCCACAUCCUGAAAGGCGACGAUAUUUCAUUCAACGCGGCAGGCUACUACUUCAGCGAAACGGGCUAUGUGAGCUGGAAAGAAAUCUCCCAACACAUCGCUCAGGUAGGAAAAGAGUUGGGUCUGCUGAAGACGGAUAACGUCAAAGAACUGACGUUGGAGGAGGCUUCUGAAAAGUUGCUGAAGAGGGGGCCCGAUGUCGCUGAACUUGGCUGGGGCUCCCGGUCAAGGACUCGCGCAGAUCGAUCUCGCGAGAUUGGCUGGCAGCCAAGUAAGAUGGUAGAUGACUUCCUCUCCAACUUCAAAGAUCUUUGGGAAACACUCGAAUAG